AUGUUGUACCGCAGUUGGUACCAUCCCUGCAUCGAUCGCCACAUAGCGGAAAGUUUGCUGAUGCAGAACGGUGAAGAAGGGCAUUACUUGCUGAGGCCCAACAUCUACAACAAUGUUCUCACCGUUUCUGUCAGAGCCAAGGAUUCGGUGAAACAUUUCCAAGUGACAGUUUCAGCGGAAAAAGGAGAAAUUGCUUUUGGUUUAGCUGUAUUCAAAACGGUUAAAGACUUUUUGAAACAUUUCAACAACCAGCCUCUGAUAGCUGGAGAAUCAGGCUUGCCAGUUAUGUUAAAAUCUCCGUAUCCAAACAACGUGGCGGAAAUAUCUCAAUAUGAACACGUGAAGGUUCACGCCGAAAUGAGAGUUUCAUCAAUGAAUGAGGAAGAGGAAAUGAAAUCUACAGCCACAAAAGAAGGUUUUUUAACAAAAUUGGGAGGUGUUAUAAAAAAUUGGAAGUGUCGGUGGUGCGUGUUGAACAGGUUGGAGCUGAAGUAUUACAAGCAGAGGCAGGAUGGCGAACCUUUAAGGACGAUAGAUUUGCGAGACUGCCUUUAUUGUACUGUCGACACAACUCAGAAACACAGCAACUGCUUCGCCUUGUGCUUACCUUGGAGGACAUUCUAUUUUUCGGCCGCUUCGCAAUCGGAGAUGGAAGAAUGGAUGAAAAUAAUCAACUGGAAAUUAGUUAGCGAUUUAUUAAUGUAA